UUCCCUGGCCAGUCGGUCACUACCUUGUCAAGCGACUGUUGUGCUCGUCUCAAUGACACGUUUGCUGCGUCCUGUGUAAGCGUCAUUUACAUAUUUUAGAAAAGCUCCGAUUCUCAGUAGGUGUAACGUCUCUCUGUUAGAGUUUAGUGUUUGUUUGUUUGUUUUGGAGUUAUAUUCACGGCUAUCAGUUGGUUUGGGUGCGGCGCGGCUCUGGAGCAUCAAACACAACGGAGAUUCAGCGGAACAGAAUACAAAAUUAUUACAACAAUAACAACGACGACGUCGUGCAGAUAUGUUUCUGCUCUCAUUUUUCUUAUUGCUCAUGAAGGGUGUGCUUGGUGAUGCAGAUAAAAUGGAGACAGUGUCAGUGAUGGAGGGGGAUUCUUUCACUCUAAACACUGAUCUUACUGAAAUAAAGAAUGAUGAUACUAUACUGUGGAUGUUUGGACCUAAAGGCUUUGUCAUUUCUCAAAUAGCAAGAAAGAAUGAUUUGACUUCAUUUUUUGUCACUGAUGAUGAUGAUGUGGGAUUCAGAGGCAGAUUGCAGGUCAACCAAAACACUGGAUCUCUCACCAUCAGAAACACCAGAAUCAGACACUCUGGACAAUAUAAACUCAGCAUCUCUAGAGAAAAGACUACGACAAAGAUAUUUAGUGUUACUGUCUUUGACACAGUGGGUGAGACGGAUGGAGUGAAGUCAGUGUCAGUGAUGGAGGGACAUUCUGUCAUUCUACACACUAAUCUUACUGAAACACACACAGAUCUGAUAGUGUGGAGGUUUGGAGAUAAAGGCGUUCUCCUGGCUAAAUUCGAUGUAGAAAUUAACAAGACCACCUUAAGUGAUGCUGAUGAGCGAUUCAGAGACAGACUGCAGCUGGAUGAGACUGGAUCUCUGACCAUCACAAACACCAGAACCGAACAUGCUGGAUUUUAUGAAGUACUUAUCAAAGGCCGUGAGAGCCUACAGCGAUUCAUUCUUUCUGUCACUGCUGUUCCAGAUCGAAGUCUGACUCCAGGUGAAAUAGCUGGAAUUGUUGCCGGUGUUCUGCUGGCUCUAGUUACAAGUUGGAUUUGCUAUAAAUGCAUUAAGGGUUCUUGAGGCGAUGGUGAAGCAACUGAAGUUUGGCUAAACUCAUCGCCCAGCCUCCCUCAUAGUCAUGCAUGGACAAGGACACUGGUCUACUAGUGGCACAAAUUUCAUCUGAGACUCCUUGUUUCCUUGCACCUCAUCCUCAUCCUCCUCAUCUUCCUCUUCCUUCACCUCUUCCUCCACUCCUUACUGAUCUUGCUCAUCCUCUUCCACCUCCUCCUCCUCUCUGGUGUCCUCGAACUUUUCAAUCACGUUCCAAAACUGAAUGAACUGACUCGGGCUCUUUUAUCUCUCUGUUGAAGGUUCUGGGCUGGGUUUCCCGAAACCUUCUUAACUCUACGUUGUUCUUAAAUUAUACCUUAAGCUGUACCUUAACGUUAAUACGUGUGUCCCGAAACGUUCUUAGUUAAGUAUACCUUCUGUAAGUCAUACUUUCGUAAGGUUGGUCUUCACCACUCUUAGCUAUAGGCUACCUCAUCACUGUUGACAGUCAAUACGAAUAUAAUUCUGAAGCUGUAAUACACACAGUGUUCGAUUAGGAUCAUGACAAAGAAUAAAAUGCAAAGAUUCACUGCUAAAUUCAAAUGUGCUUAAGCGCCGAUACAGAGACAGACGCGCGCUCCGCGCUUGUCAUGUAUCACAACUAUUCUGUGUUUUAAACCUCAUUAUGUUUAUUUUAUGUUUCAGACAUUUAAAUUCACAAUGGAAUUAAAGGUUCUCUAAGCGAUCCUGAGCGGAGUAACUUCCUGUUGACGUUCGAAGUGUACAAACAAAACAGAGGCUAGCU